CCCGAAAGCUCUUCCUCUUCGCAUAUACCCGCUGGUACGGGCGUUUGAGCGAACAAAUACAGUGAGAGCACCGACCGAUACGAGACUUGGUUGAGCAGCGCAACCAUAUCAGAUCUUGAGCUUCGCCAACUGGUCGCCGCAAUCUCAUCAGGUUCGGUCGCUCCCGGGCCCAAUGGAAGCCAACGCGCAGUGAAGGCUAAGAUCGCUCGGUCCAGGACUUUUUCGACCGGGGAUGAAGGGCGGCAGGGAGGACUUGAUGAGUGGUUUUCAAUUACGUUACUCGUCGAAGCCGCCGGCGGACCAGUUGCAGUCGUGGCCAUCGGCAUCCACGCCUCUUCAAAGCGAUGUUCCACAUCAAGCCUUCUCAUCAAUUCUGACAAGGGAGUAUUGAGUCCGCUGUUUGGGUCAUCUCUGAUUGAUACUGAAUUAGACUCCACUCCAAUCAUCGCAGGGAUUACUCACACGAAUGGGCACCCAUACCGACCAAGCAGCAGACCGAAAUUCGCUUCGAAGCCGUACUGGAAAAUGCUUUCUGCCCACGACGUCAAAGCUUCUCCAGGGAGCCCAAGAUGCGGAGGUCGAGCUGCUAAGUGGUCCUCAGUGUCUGUGCGACUCGAACCCGUCGAAGCAAGAAUGUUUGCUUGAUUUCGACCGCCAUCGCCGCUGGGCGUUGAGGUUUGGUAGGCUAGGAAUUCGGGACUACUCUGUCGGUUCCGACUGCGGCGUCCUUGCGCCACUCGAGCGAGUGCAGGCCGAGGUAGGGUCCGCUCACCAGCGCCCUCAGGAUGUAAUGGGUUGUCAUGCGAUAAAGAAUUUCGACUUGGCAGAUUACUGCACUUCUUUGCUCUCGCAUGCUUCAUCCACUGUACGGUAUCGUAAGCAUUGCCAAAAUUCACAAUCACAGUUCCCAAGCGCUCCUGAGCCACACCAUCUCGGAUCCGAACGCAUGCAGCAAGCUCACGUAUCCGCAAAACAAUACAACGUAUAUACAACGUCAAGAUAAUGGAGCUGCUCACUUCAAAAGUACAAGGCUGAUCUUUCCUCUGACAUCUCGAGCAUGGUCCGCCUCCGGCACGUUGCACUGCUUUCGACCCAUCGCA